GUUGUGUUAUCUGAGUUUGAAUGUGGUAUCUGUUAGUUUGUGUUAUCUGAGUGUGAAUGUGGUAUCUGUUAGAUUGUGUUAUCUGAGUGUGAAUGUGGUAUCUGUUAGGUUGUGUUAUCUGAGUUUGAAUGUGGUAUCUGUUAGUUUGUGUUAUCUGAGUGUGAAUGUGGUAUUUGUUAGGUUGUGUUAUCUGAGUGUGAAUGUGGUAUCUGUUAGGUUGUGUUAUCUGAGUGUGAAUGUGGUAUCUGUUAGGUUGUGUUAUCUGAGUGUGAAUGUGGUAUCUGUUAGGUUGUGUUAUCUGAGUGUGAAUGAGGUAUCUGUUAGAUUGUGUUAUCUGAGUGUGAAUGUGGUAUCUGUUAGGUUGUGUUAUCUGAGUUUGAAUGUGGUAUCUGUUAGGUUGUGUUAUCUGAGUGUGAAUGUGGUAUCUGUUAGGUUGUGUUAUCUGAGUUUGAAUGUGGUAUCUGUUAGGUUGUGUUAUUUGAGUUUGAAUGUGGUAUCUGUUAGGUUGUGUUAUCUGAGUGUGAAUGUGGUAUCUGUUAGGUUGUGUUAUCUGAGUGUGAAUGUGGUAUCUGUUAGGUUGUGUUAUCUGAGUGUGAAUGUGGUAUCUGUUAGGUUGUGUUAUCACAGUCAGCAGCACUGCUGA